CUGGUCAUCCAAUAUCAUCAACGAGAGCCUUUUGUUCUACCUCGAAAUGCAGCCAGAUAUCAAUGAAAUGCUCCUGAAAAACAUCAGAAGUGCUGCACUGAUCACAUGGAUUAUAAUGGGGGUUCUUAAUCCGAUGCAAGGCUUCCUCUUCACAUUAGCUUUCUAUGGCUGGACGGGAUGGAGAGUGGACCUGAAAUGGCGAAAGAGCGAAAUACCCUGGGAAUCAAUGUCCUCAUCAACGGUGGGUGAAAAUGCCUAUCCCUCACCAGUGAACUACCAAAGCAACAUCCAUGAUUCGAAGAAGAUCUCGACAACUGCCAGCCAGCAAACGGAUGAGGCUAUAAGCAUGUUGUCUGAAGGUAACACUAGUGGUGAUGACAGGUUAACCAGUAGCUCUCCCAUCUACCAGGGCUGGUAG